AAGACACAUGCUCCUCAUCUCAACCUACAACUGUGAGUCACUCCAGACCUUUACUGCAGAGCUUCUGAACAGCCGACAUGUUGGCAGCCAGCAGUCUCCUCUCUGAAGAUCAGUUUCUGUGCUCCAUCUGUCUGGAUGUGUUCACCCAUCCAGUCACCAUACCAUGUGGACACAACUUCUGCAAGGACUGCGUCACAGAACACUGGAAUAUUAACACACAGUGUCAGUGUCCCAUGUGUAAAAAAGUUUUCAACACAAGACCUGAACUGCAUAUCAACACAUUCAUAUCUCAGAUGGCUUCUCAGUUCAGACAAUUAGUUCAAAAGAAAAGCAGCAGCUGCUCAGAGCAACAACAAGUGACGACAGGAGGCAUUCUCUGUGAUUUCUGCACUGAAACCAAACUGAAGGCUGUGAAGUCCUGCGUUGUGUGUCAGACCUCCUACUGUGAGACUCACCUGGAGCCUCAUCAGAGGAUCCCAGGCCUGAAAAGACACAAGCUGAUUGACCCUGUUAAGAACCUGGAAAACAGAAUGUGUAAGAAGCAUGAUCGACCUCUGGAGCUGUUCUGCAAGACUGAUCACAUGUGUGUGUGUCAGUUCUGCACUGAGACAGAUCAUAAGGGGCAUUGCAUUGCUCCUUUGAUAGAAGAAUAUGACGAGAAGAAGGCUGGGCUGGGAAAGAAAGAGGCUGAAGUUCAGCAGAUGCUCCAAGAGAGACAACUGAAGAUUCAGCAGAUCAAACAGUUAGUAAAGCACAGCAAAGAAGAUGCAGACAGAGAGACAGCAGCCAGUGUGCAGGUCUUCAAUGAUCUGAUAAAGUCUGUUGAGAAAAGUCUUGCUAAGUUCAUUGAGAUGAUUGAAGAGGAGCAGAAAACAACAGAGAAACAGGCUGAAGGCUUAAUCAAAAAACUGGAAGAAGAAAUCUCUGUGCUGAUGAAGAGGAGUGCUAAAGUGAAGCAGCUCUCACACACUGAAGACCACCUCCAUUUCCUCCAAAGCUUCCCAUCCCUGACCCCUGUUCCUUGCAGCAGAUAUUGGGUAGACACCAGCAUUCACUCAUCAUUUAAAGAGACUGUGAGGAGAGCUGUGAAUGAGCUGGAGAAGACACUCUCUAUAAGCAUGAAGAACAUGUGUGUUGCUCUUGAGCUAAAAAAGAGCCAGCAGUAUGCAGUGGAUGUGACUCUGGAUCCUGAUACAGCACAUCCCAAUCUCAUCCUGUCUGAUGACGGUAAACAAGUUAGUCAUGGUGAUGUAAAACAGAAUCUUCCAGACAACCCAGAAAGGUUUUUUCCUAGUACGGCCGUCUUAGGAAAGCAAAGUUUCUCCUCAGAUGCUGCAACUCUUAUCUACUCCUUUACUGGCUGUAAAUUCAUGGAAAAUCUCUGCCUGAUCUUUGAUCCUCUUACUAAUGAAGGCAGUAAAGACUCCAUGCCCCUGAUCAUCUCUCCUGUCAAUCAUACUGAUUAG